UUCGCCCACGUGGCUUUCACAUUUGCUGACUCAGCGGAAAAUUUUGAGAUGGCAGAGCUAAUGGAGAGCAAUCCUCUCGUUCUAGUGGAUAAUGUGCGCAAGAAGAAGUCUAAAAAAGGAAAAAUAGAGGAAGUGGAAGAGCCCAUGAGGCCAGGGAUUGUGUAUGUUGGUCGCAUUCCACAUGGAUUCUAUGAGAAAGAGAUGGAAGGAUUUUUCUCACAAUUUGGCGAAGUGAAGAGAAUCAAAGUAUCAAGGAAUAAGAAGACUGGAAGAUGCAAAGGUUUUGCUUUUGUAGAGUUUGCGUGUGAUGAAGUGGCCAAGAUAGCAGCGGAGACAAUGAACAACUACCUCAUGUUCAACAAGCUAUUAAAAUGCCAGUAUGUGGACGGCUCUCGAGUUCAUCCCGGGAUGAUGGGGGGUAGGAGGAGGCUGACAGAACUGAGGGCCACCAUUAGACUCAAGAAGGCACAGAGGAAACACAACAAGGUUAGAAGUGCAGAAGAAUACCAAAGAAGAAUCUGUCAUCUGCUCUCUAUUGAGAAAAGAAAGAGAAGAAAACUGGAAUCUCUCGGGAUUGACUACGAGUUCCCUGGCUAUACAAAGUUGGCUGAGAACUCAGGACAACAUAAACCGCCCACUCACACAGUUUUUGUAAACUCUGACUCUGAUAGCGAAUAAUUGAUUAGAAGAUUCUAGAUAGAGUCACAUGCUUUGGCAUGAAUACCGUUAAUGUUUCCAUGUGAUGCAACCUUGAAUAAUCUUACAAUGGUUGGUUAGUGAUGACUGAA